GGUUUUUUUGUAGGUCUUGCUGAAAGAAGAACGCUUAAUUGGUUAUUAUGGCUGAAAUUGUAGUUGAGCCUUUUGUUUCGUUUGUGGUGGAACGGCUGGGUAACUUGCUCAUCCAAGAAUAUAGGUUGUUGCACGGGGUGAGGGCCCAAGUUGAGCAAAUGCAAAAGCAACUAAGUCGAAUGCAGUGCUUCUUGAAAGCUGCAGAUGCAAGACGAGGAGAAGGGGACGAGCUUGUGAGCAAUUGCAUCUCUGAGAUCCGGGAAUUAUCAUUAGAUGCUGAAGAUGUCAUUGCAACUUUUGUCAUCAAAGUUGCGCUCAUGAGAAGAGGUAAGAUAUUCAGUGAGUCUAGAGCCCGUCAUGAGGUUGGAUUGGAGAUCGAGCAUAUUAAUAAAAAGAUCACCGACCUCACAAGAAGUUUACAAACAUAUGGUAUCCAACCUACAAUCGCCUUGGGAGAAAGCUCAACUUCUAGAACUGAGAGGGUGCAACAACUAAGGCAGUCUUAUCCCAAUGUCGUUGAGGAGGAUAUCAUCUGCUUAAAUGAAGAUGUAAAAGCAGUCGUGGAUCAUUUGGUUAACGAGAUGACAAACUGUAGGGUCAUUUCCAUUUGGGGAAUGGGUGGUCUUGGCAAGACCACCCUUGCUAAGAUGGUUUACAAUCACAUUGAUGUUAGACAUCAUUUUGAUUGUUUUGCCUGGGCUUACAUAUCUCAGCAAUGCAAAACAAGGGAAGUUUUGGAAGAGAUUCUUAUCCAACUUACAUCUCCAGAACUAGAAGGGAGAGAGAAAAUAAGGAGAAUGAGGCAUGGUGAGCUAGUUGGCGAGCUUUAUCAAGCUCAAAGUCGAAUGAAAUGUCUUGUGAUUCUGGAUGACAUAUGGGACGUUAAAGCUUGGAAUAGGCUGAGUCCUGCCUUCCCCCGCAAAAAGGCAGGUAGUAAAAUUUUGUUAACAACUCGCACUAGAGAAGUGGCUUCAUUUGCUGAUAAACAAUGCCUUCAUGAAUUGAGGCAUUUAACAAAACCGGAAAGUUGGGAGCUGUUUCAGAAAAAGGCAUGUUUGAAGAGUGAUGUCACAGAGUUCAGAUUAAGCACAGAAAUGACGGUGUUAGGGGAAAAAAUGGUCAAGCACUGUGGGGGCCUGCCGUUGGCCAUUGUGGUAUUAGGAGGUCUUCUCGCUACAAAACGCACACUAGGUGAGUGGGAAAUGGUGAGUAGAAACGUAGACUACUUAAUGAAGGGCAAAGGCCAAGGAGGAGUCCCUGUGAAAAUCGUUUUAGAGUUAAGCUACAAUGACUUGCCAUACCAUCUCAAGGCAUGCUUUUUGUGUUUGAGUGACCUUCCGGAAGAUGAAGAUAUACGCCCUAUAAAAUUGAUCCAAAGAUGGAUGGCUGAAGGCUUUGUGUCUUUACCCGUAUGCGCACGAGUAGGAGAAGUAGAAGAUGUGACAAUGUUGGAUGUUGGGAUGAGUUACUUGGAUGAGCUACGUCAUCGAUGCAUGAUUCAAGUUGGUCAAUUAACAAGGUAUAGUGGAAGGGUUAAAUUUUAUCGCCUCCACGAUCUCGUGCGAGACUUGUGCUUGUUGAAGGCCCGAGAGGAGAAUUUCAUCAAGGUUGUAUGCAUGGGGGAAGACUUGGCCACUACAUCUUCAUCUUCGUCGUCUUCAAUUACAAUUCGUAGGCUUGGUGUGUACUGCAAAGCUAAUCGAAAUGUUGGUGAUAAUAGAAGAAGAGGACAUGUUAAAGCCCUCCGUAGAGACAAAACAUGUAACCUCCACCAUGUUAGGUCAUGCCAAUUUUAUUCCUUUGGAAACACAUUGGAAGAUUCCGAUUGGCGACACGUAAAAUCAAUCUUCAAAGGCUUCAAAUUGCUUACAUAUUUGGAUCUCGAAAAAACUAAGUUCCACGGUAGUAAGUACAAGGCCUCCGAAUUUCUUGAGGGAAAGAAAUUGCCAAAAGCAAUAGGAAACCUAAUCCACUUGAGAUAUUUCAGUAUACGAGAUUCUGAAAUUACAAGCUUGCCUUCUUCAAUAGGCAACUUGCUAUUCCUUGAAACCUUAGAUUUACGGUAUGCUAGGCAUAAAUAUGGGGUGAAAAUUACAAAAAUACCCAAUGUGUUGUGGAGGUUGGAGCAAUUGAGACAUCUAUAUCUUCCUGGAUGGGAUAUUUGUUGCGUGCCUUUCUGGGUGAAGUUGCGAUUGGAUGGCUUAAGCAAACUCGAGACACUCCAAGGCUUUAACACAAAAACAUGUGAUGUUAGAAGCUUUUCCACGCUCACGAAUCUUCGAAAACUUGGAAUUAUUGUGUACGACCUAGAACACUUGGCUGUGAUUCUUGAAUGCCCCAGUUUUAGCAAUUCAAACGGUCUUUUAAGAUAUUCAACCUUCUUCACUGGGGGGUCUUACCAAACACGAGAAGAAGAAAGCCUUUUAAGGCAAGUUUUUGGGUACCGCCAUCUUCAUAGAUUGUUCUUUACAGGAUCCCUGACUGAAUUACCAGACGCACUCUCUCCAAACCUCACCUACUUAAGUUUGAGUACAAAUUCUCCUGGACUAAAGGAAGACCCAAUGCCGACAUUGGAGAAAUUGCCCAACUUAAGAAAACUCCACGUGGAAAAGGGGGAAUGGAAGGAGAUGGUUUGUUCUGCUGGUGGUUUCCCUCAACUCAUACACUUAGACCUUUGGAACAUUCCUAAUGUGGAGGAGUGGAGGGUGGAACGAGGAGCCAUGCCCAGUCUGUUGGGUUUAGAAAUUAGGGGAUGCAAAAAAUUGAAGGGGAUUCCGGACGGAUUGAGGUUUGUCACUACCCUCCGGGAAUUGGUGACCUAUGACGCAUCUCAGGAACUCAAAGACAGGGUUCGAGAAGGGGGAGAAGACUUCUCCAAACUCCAGCACGUGCAUUCCAUUCGUAACUACUGACAAGGUUUUCCCUUAUUCCAAUGACGACAAUUGCAGAGGCCAAAAAGUUUCGAGUAUUCUAUCAAAAAGACAUCUUUAAAAGUUGACAUUGGAUCUACCUAUUCUAGGAUGGUUUCGUUGAGAUGGAAUUGCUAGGAGGACUUGCUGCUCCUACCUUCUGUUAGAACCUUGAACUUAAGCAUACUCUCUUUAUUAAUGUUGAGUGGUGAGUGAGUGUUUUUGAAUGCUUUCUUUGUGUUCUUGUAAUUUGUGUGGGAAUUAUAUAUCUUAGGACUGCAAUAAAGAAAAACAAAUACAAUGUGUGCUUUAUGUAAUCUUAUUGUCAUGUGUGUUAAAAUGGGAAAUUGGAAUUAAAUUUGCGCCGCUAUUUUUGGUUUUAUA